AUGAGCUCGCACCGCCCCGCCCGGCACGACGGCGCCGAUGCCGAGGGGGCCCCGGCGGCCUUUUGGGCGCCCAAUGGGGCCGUGGCGGCGGGGCCGGGGGGCGACGCCCCGCGCGGGGCCGUGCCCAAGAUGGGGGUCCGCGCCCGCGUCGCCGAGUGGCCCCCCCGGAGGGACAACGCCACCGUCGCUGCCAAGGACGCCGGCGCCGGCCGGGAAGCCAACCGGGAGGGCCGCGGUUUCCCCGGCGGGCAGCAGCCCUCGGCCGGCGUGCCCGGCCUCAAAGCCCUGCACCGCCUGGCGCGCCGGCGCUCCAAGGACGUGGAGUUCCAGGAGGGCUGGCCGCGCUCGCCGGCGCGGGGCCUGGCGCCGCUGCGGCACCGCAGCAGCAGCGAGGUGACCCUGAAACACUCCAACUACUUCGGCGUGGACGACAAGCUGGGCCCGGUGGCCGUGAGCAUCCGGCGGGAGAAGCUGGAGGAGCACAAGGAGCACGGCCCGCAGUACCAGCACCGCCUCAUCUUCCGCACCAGCCAGCUGGUGACGCUCCGCGGGUCGAUCCUGGAGGACGCCACGCCCACCACCAGCAAGCCGGGCACGGUGCGGGGCCUCCCGCUGCGGGACACGCUGGAAUACGUCAUCCCCGAGCUCAACAUCCACUGCCUGCGCCUGGCCCUCAGCACCCCCAAAGUCACCGAGCAGCUGCUCAAGCUGGACGAGCAGGGGCUGUGCCGGCGGCACAAGGUGGGCAUCCUGUACUGCAAGGCCGGGCAGAGCUCGGAGGAGGAGAUGUACAACAACGAGGAGGCCGGGCCGGCCCUGGAGGAGUUCCUGGCGCUGCUGGGGGAGAAGGUGUCCCUCAAGUCCUUCAGCAAAUACGCGGCGCAGUUGGACACCAAGAGUGAGUGA